AUGACAAUCAUCUCCCGCUACUCUGGUUCACUCGCAGCUGCGAUUACUUGGCAGGACUCAGAGAACAAUUUCCUAAGAGUAAAGGCAAGUUAUAGACUUCGGUCAGAUGCUACGACCCUGACAAUCUCCACGAGUGCACUCCAGACCAGUAUUAACACUCUCGGAUCAACCGCCACUGUUCUCACAUCAGCAAAUGUGAUGGAUGAAAAUUCCUUCAGUAACCCAACCAAGGUUGUGCCGGUGAAGAGCGAUCUGAGCAAUGCUGCAGAGCAGAUGCGGGUCACGCUGGCUCCUCACUCCUUGAGCUCGUUCGAUCUUGCCCUGGCUCAGUACACUAGGACUAUAUAUGGUGAUGCUGAUAAUAUGGUGAUUUUUGAUAUGAUCUGUGAUUUAUGGUUAACAGAGGCAAUGCCAGAACCAGAGGAUAAUAUGGAUUCAGUGGGCACUGGCACUCAAUUUGAUAGUCAGGAGACUCAGGCAAUGGUAAUGGUGCCAAUGUCAGUAGUUGAACAACCAUCACUUGAGACUCAGGAGCAAGGCAAAACCAAAGGAACUAAAAAAGUGGUCAUUGAUGUGGAUGAGAAGGAAUCUGAAAAAACUCAGAGAAAGGAGUUGGCACCAAGGUCUGAGAUGUGGCAACAUUUUAUCAAGAUCAAGGAUGACAAAGGACUUUUGAAGGCUGGAAGGUGCAAAUAUUGCCACCGUGACAUCAAGGCUGACACAAGGGGACAUGGAACAUCUACAUUGAAGAAACACUUUGGUACAUGCAAACGCAAUCCUCAUGUUUUCAACAAGGACUCAAAGCAAGGCACCUUGCAAGCAUGUCGGGGGGAAGCCCCUACCACUUGGAGGUUUGAUCAAGAAGCACUUAGAGAAGCCUUUGCUGAGAUGAAUCUGCAUAAGAAAGUGAUAAGCUUUUUUAUGGUAAAGGGUCACAAGGGGGAGGAUAUUGGGAAGAACUUGACAAGAUGCUUAGCUGAUUGGGGUUUGGAUAGAGUGAUGACUGUAACAGUGGAUAAUGCAAGUACCAAUGACAGUGGUGUUGAUUACUUGAGGAGGCAGCUGCAGAAAACCAACAUUGCCAAGGGCAAGUUUUUGCAUAUGAGGUGUGCAGCCCACAUUAUGAAUCUUAUUGUAAGAGAUGGAUUACAAGAAGUGGAUCUCUCUAUUAAGCGUGUUAGGGCUGCUAUUAGAUAUAUCAAAAAUGGGACUUCAAGAUUAGUCAAGUUUAAAGAAAUUGCUGAGGAAGAGAAAGUGGACAUCAAAGCUUUUUUGAAACUUGAUGUUUCGACAAGGUGGAAUUACACAUAUUUGAUGUUGAAGGCUGCAAUUGUGUAUGAGAAAGUGUUCUUAAAGUUAGAUGAAGAUGACACUAAUUAUGUUAUUGAUCUGUCUGAAGCAAGGGAUGGUUUUGGGCAUCCUGAUGAAGAUGAUUGGGACAAUGCAAAGAAGAUGGCACAAUUUCUACAGCAUUUCCAUGACCUUACUAUUCGUAUCUCUUCUUCUCUCCAAGUCACUUGCAACACUUUCUUUCAUGAGAUUGGAGAAGUCCAUUUGUUGAUUCAAGAAUGGCUGAACAGUGAAGAUAAUUUGCAAGAACUUUGGCACACCAACAGCAAGGACAAUGACAGGCAGCAACAAGAGCAAGAUAGGGAUAAAGGGCGGAGCAAGGGCAGGGAGAAGGAGAAGAAGGACAAGGAGAACAUCAACUUAUUCAUAUUUGUGGCUGCAUUCCUUGAUCCAAGGUACAAGUUAUCUUUGUACACAAAGAUUAGUGUUGAAGAGAUAUUUGAGUGGAUAGAAGAAUAUGGCGGCAAAGGGAAAAAGAAUGAGCAGCCUUCUGUCGGCACCUCCAAGUCACAAACACCAAGCAGCAACAAUCAGGCCUCUGAACUCUGA